CGCCCCCCUCCCCCGCCGCGGUGCGGGAGCUCUAUGGAGGCGGCGGCUGCAACAGAUGCGGCGGCGCGGCCCGGCCGCUCGUAGCCGCCCCACGGCCGCGCUGCGCGGGGGCCGCCGCCCCUAGCGCUCCGCCGGUGAGAUGGCCGGGGCCCGGCGGGCGGCGAGCGGCGAGGCGGGCCCGGCGGGCGGCGGGCAGGCCAUCGUCUGGCGCAACGUGGUGCUCAUGGGGCUGCUGCACCUGGGCGCCGUCUACGCCCUCAGCCUGGUGCCGCGGGCACAGCUGCUCACCCUCCUCUGGGCGUAUUUCUGUUUCCUGAUGACAGCCCUGGGCGUGACGGCGGGUGCGCAUCGCCUGUGGAGCCACCGUUCCUACAAAGCCAAGCUGCCUCUGCGGAUCUUUCUGGCUGCAGCUAACUCCAUGGCUUUCCAGAACGAUAUCUACGAGUGGAGCCGAGACCACCGUGUGCACCACAAGUACUCUGAGACGGAUGCAGACCCACACAAUGCCCGACGCGGCUUCUUCUUCUCCCACAUUGGCUGGCUCUUUGUGCGCAAGCACCGGGACGUCAUAGAGAAGGGGAGGAAACUGGAUUUCACCGACCUGCUGGAUGACCCUGUCGUCAGGUUCCAAAGAAAGUAUUACAAGAGUUCGGUCGUGCUGAUGUGCUUUGUGAUCCCUACUGUUGUGCCAUGGUACCUCUGGGGGGAGAGUCUGUGGAAUGCCUACUUCCUUGCCUCCAUCCUACGGUACACCAUCUCCCUUAAUGUCACCUGGCUGGUCAACAGCGCUGCCCACAUGUAUGGCAACCGCCCUUAUGACAAGUACAUCAACCCCAGGCAGAACACCUUUGUAACGCUGGGAGCCAUCGGCGAGGGUUUCCACAACUACCACCACACCUUCCCAUUCGACUACUCAGCCAGCGAGCUGGGCCUGAAGUUCAACCCUACCACCUGGUUCAUUGACUUCAUGUUUUGGUUGGGGUUGGUCACUGACCGCAAACAGGCUCCGAAGGAAAUGAUCCAAGCUCGCAAGGAAAGGACUGGAGAUGGCAGCGCUUGAAAAGCAACGCUUGGCCGUGACAGUGCUGUCCUACACAUGGGUGGGUGGGUGUGUGCCCGCUCACAUGCCUGUGGUGGAUUUCUUUUCCUCUGGGUAAAAUUAGAUUUUUAUUUUACUUUUUUCUCCCCCAGAUAAGUUGGGCCAAAUUAAUUCCCCAGGAACAGAUUCAGCCCCAGGUUUUUUUUUUCCUUGUUAGCUGUCUUAUGUCUACGCUUCAGACUAUUAAGUGUAAAAAUGUUAUUAUUUAAUAUUAGAGUUAAACAGGAGAGAGAUUUGAUUUUUAGUCUUUGUAGUUCAUGUCUGAGAUACAUUGUAAUUUGCUUAUUCAUGGUAAAUCUGGCAGGUUGGAGGAGCUAACUGUCCUUUCCAAGUGCAGUUAGGGGAGAUUUUUGUUUCUACUAUUAAUCGAACAUGCUUUCAAGAUGUGUAUGUCAGAGGGGAUGGAGCAGAGCCCAGUGUGCUGUUUCAACCACAGACUAAGAGAAAGGAACAGUAACAGCACCAAGGAAAAACAGGAUGUCCAAGGGGAAAAAAAUCAGCUUAAAUUUAGUUAGACAUUAGUUUAAAAAUCUGCUCUUUUUUUCUUUUCGUUAGCCCUGUUAGCCAGCCUGUUGCGCUGCUGUCUUUGCUAAAUAUGAAAACCAAUUGUUGAUGAGCAGGCUUUUGUGUUGAAGAUUAGUCUCUAUACAGGCCAAAAUACCAACUGAUGCUAUGUUAAGAUGAUUCCUUUAUUGUUGCAUAUACAUUGUAGUUUGUAAAGGUAUAGAGCUUGACAAUGUCUUAAGCCAAAUACAGCUUCGGUUUCAGUGUUUGGAGACCUAAGUUAUAUUCUAAUCAGUCAUGGCCAUCCAUGCAUGCAUAUUUUAGCUCCUUUUGCACAAGAGGCCUCUUAAUUUCUUUUUCUGCCUUUGACUAGUGGGUCUUAGGAAACAGACCUUUAUCUAAGUCAGAGUCUCUACUAAUAUUUCAGCUGCAUGCAACAUCCAUUGGUUUCUGAGCAAAAUAUAAAGACAGUUAUGUAGCUUCUGAAUUUAACAGUUGCCUUGUUAAAAAAAAAAAAAAAAAAAAAAAAUUAAAAAAAAAAGGCAUGUAGAAUUAAUGGAACAUAUAGCCCUUUGUGUUAGAUGUUAGCCAGUGCAGGAGAGAGGCUUUGUACUGUCAGCACUGGAGCACUUUUGGAGAUAGAGGGUGUGAGUUUCAUUUAUAAAGAAGGUCACCGCCUUGCCCCCAAGAGAGAGAGUGCCUGUUUCCCAGCUGUGCGGCCCUGGGCAAGGCAGAGAUCUCAAGAUAACUGAGACUCAAGCCCAGCUAUUUUCAGGAAAGAUGUAAAACUGAAAAAAAAAAAGUUUUCUUUGUUCCAUUUCUUGUUUUUUUCAAUGAUGCCAUAUAAUAUAAGAGCGUUGUCUUUAUUCUGUAUUUCAUCCAGCAGGUGUUCUAACAGUGUUCCUUUGCCAUUAAUGAUGUGUAAACUCUUGAGUGAUUUACAAUAAACAGUUAUGAGAUA